AACCAUUUUUAGCAGCCUUUCCAAGCCAUCUCUUUGCUUUCUUUAGGUCUUUUGGUACUCCUUGGACACCAGUAAGCUACAGAAUCAAGAAAGAUGGUGAAAAGCAAGAUGCGACAAGGAACUGGAUUCUGAAAGGAAAAUUUGUAAAGAAAAAGAUGCUGUAACGUACACUGUGCUUCAGAAAACCUUUUGGAAGAUAGAAGUUGCUAUAGGAUGAUGCACAAGAUAUUUCUACCUUCAUUACAUCCACCUACCUCAAGUGCUGUAACACCCACGACUAUUCCAUCCCCAAGUGGAUCGCCAGGAGCUUCAAGUACUUUUCAUUUGCCUGAUAACCAAAAGAGAUGGCUUGUGGUUGGUAUCUGUCUGCAUAAAAUCUUACUGCCGAAUUUGAGAAGUUUUCUUAAACCUGAAAUUCUCAAACAUUACACAAACCUAAAGACCCACCACAAUAUUGACAAACAGACCUUUGCCACAUAUUUAGAAAAAGAUGGAACGCUGAAGUUGAAUUAUGAAAGUAUUAAUAACAACGAACGAAAGCACAAGAAAAAGUUCAAAAUGUAUGAUUACUUUGUGAAUAGUGAUGUUGACUUGGCCAAGUUGUAUUUAAAGCCUUUCAUGGCAAUGUUUUCUGGAUUUGAUGAUACUUGCGAUUUAUCGGCGGUUCUUGGAAUUCUCUCCAGUGCUACCGUCUUCUCUUCAGCCAUUCAAAAACUGGCAAAAGAUGUUCGGCAAGACGUUAGGAAUGAAUGGGGUCAUUGUGACUUUACCAAAUGGACUGAAAUAAAGUUUGCUAAAAGUUUUCAUUUGAUGGAAAUGUUCCUUCGAGCUUUGAACUUGACUCCUACUGAAGAAAAAAAGGUCACUGAUAAUCUUAAGGAUUGGGAAACUAAAGGAAUGCAGCUUUGUCUUGGCCAUAUUGUUGAUUCUGACUUGGUAAAGCUAAUUGAACGUGAAGUUUCCCAAUUAUCAAAUGAAGUGCAGGCUCUUGAAACAAAACAGGAAGAAGAAUUCAAAAAAGUCCAUGAAGCCUUAACGUCGGUGAAGGAUUAUAUUGAAGAAUUCAAGAGAAGCGUAACCACAAAAUUGCAAAAUUUGCAGACAUCUCACGAAAAUCUUGAACAAGAAGUAGCUGACAUGGCUGAAGACCUAGGCGCAUUACAAAUAGACCAUCGUAAACUUAAAGAUGAUGUCUCUAGUGCAAUGAUCUCACUGGAGAAACAUGACCAACUUGAAGGAAGAGUUUCAGCUUUAGAAACAGCCAUAGAAAACAAGAAUUCUACGUUUCUGAAAAGUACUUUCAAAGCACCUAACCGCAUUCCUUCCUUUUACGGUCGUGUCCAAGAGUUGGAAAGACUUGCAAUGGCAAUUGAAGGCAAAACAGCCCAUUGUAUCAUAUCAGCUAUAUGUGGUCUUGGGGGAACUGGAAAAACUUCACUAGCUAUCGAACAUGUUUGGAGAUACAAAGAUAUCUACAAGGGAGGUGUUUUCUGGCUAUCUGGUGAAAGUGUACCGAAUUUUAAAAAUUCCAUUUGUGAAAUAGCUAGAGACGUAGGAACGUUUGACAAAGAUUUUGGCGAAAUGCUGUCGGCCACUUUGCACUGGCUCAAGACCAGGUCAGAAUUGUGGUGUGUUAUAAUUGAUAACCUUGACGAGUACGAUCUUACGAGUUCCGGUGAAAUGAUGAAAGUAUUGAAUGGGCAUUGGAAAAAUGACACAUCUGGACACAUGAUAAUCACCACAAGACGAGAUGACAGACAAAUACAAGAGGAUGUCCCAACAGUUUCUCCCGAGAACUGCAUCGAAUUAGGAACCUUUUCAGAGCAGGAAAGCAUUCAAUUCAUGAAAAAAAGAACGGAUCGACAUGUAGCUGGUAACGAUGUUGAAAUAUUGAAAGAGUUAUCUUCGGAGCUUGGCUACCUCCCAUUGGCUCUUGAUCAAGCUGCAGCGUACAUCAAAUACACAACCGUUCAGUUUUCACGUUACUUGGAGCAGUAUAAGAAGCAAAAGCUUAAGACGCUGAAGAGGUCCAAAGCUCUCUUUCCUGCCCAGGACACUUCAACGGAAAGAAUUGCUGUGGGUACUACUUGGCAGUUGAACUUCGAAUAUGUUCGCCGUCUUUCCGAAGAUUAUGGUAUUGGAAAAGCGGCCUGUCUAAUCAUGGAAGUAUCGGCCUUCUUAUCUCCCGAUGACAUACCAAUGGAGCUCAUUAAUGAAGGUCUUCCACAAGUGGAAAAUUCCGACCUGCAGGACUGUCUCGCGUUCCCGACCGGUGCGAUAGACAUCAUCAGCAUCUUGACCAAAUUUUCGCUUUUCCAGAGGUUUACUGACAAGUCAUUGAGUGUCCAUCGACUCGUUCAAGAAGUUAUCCGAAACAAUAUUUCUGGUGAUGACAAAACAAAAAAUGUUCUUCAGUCUGGUUCGAGAAUGCUUCAUCAUGCCUUUGUCAAUUCAGAUUCACCUGUGAAGGUUUGUCAAAGUUUCCAAGGAGAUUCCGUAUUUCAUCAGACAAAUCCUCCAUCGUUGCACUUGUGGGGGACGCUUGGUUCACACGCAAGUACAUUCCAGGGGCAUUUGAUUGAUGCUAGUCAAAAUGAUACUUGUCAAGAACUGAUUUGCACUGAGGAAACAGCGUUUCUCCUAAAUGAAGCAUCUUUGUAUUUGUAUGUUUGUCGUCAGAAGGUAAAGGCAAUGGAACUGCAAAAGGAGAAGUUAAAAAUCCUCACUUCACUUCAAAUGUCCGAAGAAAAAAUGUCGCAUCUGCAAUAUUUUGAAAUUCCUCUGAAACCUAUGGAAUUCAAGUUGAUAUCUCGCUGUAUGAGCCACAAAGAGCAGAUGAAAGUGCUGUCAAGUGCAGAACAAGAAACGCAGGAAAACACAGCAAAGGCAGAUGAAUGGAGGGAAAAUGGGAAUUCGGCUUUCAAAAAGCAAGACUAUCAGGGUGCCAUUGAUUGUUACAACGUGGCGCUGAAGUGGAGCAGUAACGACUGCCGAUUACUGUGCAAUCGUGCUUUGUGUUAUUUGCAAAUAAACCAAGCAGAGAAGGCUCUUGACGACUGUGAAAGGUGCUUGAGAGUGGAGAAACACAAUAAAAAGGCUUUGAGACGAAAGGCGUGGGCAUUAUAUGAGAUUUCUGGCAAACAAGCACAUCUAAUAGGAAGGAGUAGAGCAACGGCUGCCAUUGCUGCACAUGUCGAUCCAACAGCUUUUAAGGUCAAAGACUUUACAGAAAGGUUUCCAAAUCUAUGCUACGUAGAAAUUUUCAAUUCUGCGCAGUUAGUUGCCCACUUGCUCUACCUUAAUGUAGACACGACCUUCCUUCUCCAUGAUGGUAACUAUGAGUUACAGGGAGCAGUAAUUGACAAAAACGUCCAGUUUGUUGCAAUUGAUGGUCCAACUACUAUAAGUUUUGGGCAGCCAGUUAUGAUAUUUGGAUCACAUCUUUACGCUGAAGGCAUAACAUUUCCCCGGGAAAGUGAAGGUGUAAUAUGUCAGCUUGGUGGUUCAGUGACUAUGCUCAUGUGUCAUAUCUCAAAUGGUAUGAGAAGCUGCGAGGAUUAUCCAGAAUGUAAUGGAGGCGAUGGAUGUAUAGCAGCGCUGAACGGGCUUGAACCUUGUAAUCGAUCAGGUCAUUUUGGAGAAGAAAAAAAUUCUGGAGUCAGUGGCUACCCAGGAAUCCAGGUUUUACAUCAAUGCACCGGUUACUUUGAAAAUUGCGAUAUUGAAGGAUGUGGAGGAGGAGGAAUUCUUAGUCAUGGCGAAGGUUCCAAACUUUACGUCAAAGGAUGUAAAGUACACCAUAAUCACCAAUCGGGGCUUGAAGCCAGAGAGGGUGGCUGCUUGGAAGCUAUUGACAACGACAUUUAUUCUAAUGGAACACAUGGAAUAAUGAUAGGUCCCAAGGCCGGCGCUUCCGAAAUCAUCCAAAACAGAAUUUACGAAAACAGAAAAGAAGGUGUUUUUGUCUUAAUAUCCAAGAAAAAUGAGGUUAAUAUUAUGAAAAAUCGGAUUUAUCAUAAUCUUCAAUUUGGACUUUCAUUGGACAGAUGUUUGGUGGGAAUAAAACAAAAUGACAUUUUUGAGAAUGGAUUUCAUGGAAUUCACGCAAAGACUCAGACAACGGCUUCUAUAGAAAACAAUGAUAUUUAUGCUAACAAAUGUGGGGGCAUUCACAUGGGAGUUAACUUUUCAGGACGUGUCAUCAUCAAAUCAAACACUAUUAGGGAUCACAGUGGUCUUUGGUUGGUUCAUGUCCCAGAGAUGAACGAAAAGUUUCAAACCAUUCGCAAAAAAGACCCAACUUUGUUUUUGCCAGAAGGUGAAACUAGGUAUUAUUCAAAUCCUCCAGUCGUCGAAGCUAAUGUAUUACAAAACAACAAAGAAAGAAUGUUUCAUCCUCAAGAAAAAAUGGAAGUAAUAAAGAACGAGUGUACAUUUUGCCGCAAUAUAGGAAAGCUCUUACAGUGUUCCAGAUGUAACAUGGCUUCGUAUUGCAGCACAACAUGCCAAGAAAAUCACUGGGGAAAACACCAGAUGUUGUGCUCUUCGCUGUCCAAGAAAUAUUUCGUUAUUGUUGAUUUUAAGCCCUUUGAGGAUAGAAAGAAUUGCAUUAGUACUCGGACGUUUGGCCCUCAUCUCAAAGGCAUCGGGCAAGGAAUCAAGCCAGAUUUCAAGAGCAGAAGGAGAUUUAUCGUCAAGAUACAAACUGGCCAUCUCAAUAGCCAUCCACUUCAAAUGCUAACCCUUUACGAUCAGACUACAAGCCUUGAUGGCGAGAUACAGAGUCCAGAAGUGUUUCACAUCAUUAUGGAAUGUGGUGUUCUCGGCGGGGACAAAACUUUAGGGUCCCAGUUCACAAGCAAGAAGGCAUUCUUCUAUGCUACCUUUGUCGACAAGAAUCCAAAGAAGUUAAAAAUAAACUUGGCUGAACUAGCUGAUUACAAAGACUGGUAAAAUUUCAAGGGAUAGAGGAUUGCCAAAAGUCUUGAUUAUUAACUGUAGUAAAGUAAAUAGGAAGGUAUAGCUCAGCACCCUAUCUCAUGUAAAAAUGGCAUAAAGGGAUUAAAAAUAGGAGGAAUAAUAUUCUUCUAUAACAAAAGAAGCCGAAGCAGCACCCAACUAUGGAGUAAAAACAAUUAGAAUUUAACAAAACAAUUGAACUAGAACCCCACACAAAGUCUUUGUUAAUAUUUUUCACACAAGCCAACCUGCAUGUAAAUAAAUAAUUCAAAGUAGGCCAGAAGACGUUGAUUUAUGGGAUUAGUCCUUGAGAAUGAAAAAUUCAUGAAAAAAUGCAUCCGCGCAAACGAGUCAACGUAAGUGCGAUUUCGCAUGGCGUAUCCGUAUAACUUGCCGUAAAAUACAGUAUAGAAACGCAAGAAAAAACGCAGACCCCAAUGGAAGGUAACUCAUAAAUUAAACGAGUACUCCUUUGUACCAAAUAGUAAUUGUAUUUAACAGAUUUGUUGUCUGCAGUCCAUUUUGGAUGACUAUCUA